AGAGAGACCAUGCCACAAUAUUAGUUACCAUCCACCUGUGCAUGCCUACUCUGGCAUGCAUUAUGCUGUACACUGCACUCGUGUACCUACUUACUUACGUGUACACUGACUAGACUCCCCUGUCCGUCCGUCCCUGGAGCUGGAGAUGUCCUCCACUAGAGCUGAGUGCGAGGGAGAUGGUCUGUCUGAGUUCAUGCAGUCUAUGAAGGUACUGCCAAAGAUGGUGGUACUUAAUUUGGACUACACAGUGUGGGAGCUACAUGUGGACAUGACCAUUCAACCAUUCCGAUCAGACAAGAAAGGUGGUGCAGUGGAUUGGCAUGGACACAAGUUGGCACUGUUCCCUGAUGUGAGGACCAUCAUGACCGCUCUACAAGAGAAGGGGAUCAAAUUAGCAGCUGCCUCGAGUACCACAGACCCCCAAACAUCACGGCAACUAAUGGCUGUGUUAAAAAUUGAUAAAUUUUUCUCACACUUUCAAAUAUUUCCAACGAAAAAGUUUAAGCACUUUAAAAAUAUACAGAGUGCGUCUGGUGUAGAGUACAAGGACAUGCUCUUCUUUGAUAACAUGGAAGACAAUAUUAGUGACAUCACAACACUAGGUGUGACAUGCUUCUAUAUUGAAGAUCAAGCCGGCGGCCUCACCAUGGACAGAUUCAAGACAGGACUGGAACAAUUUAGCCACAAACAUUCCCAAUAAUUCAUGCUGUACCAGUCAUGUGGUAUAAUAAUAAAUUUUGAUUCUUUUGUUUACCUAUGACCGUACCAAGGGCCUAUAAUGUUGAUAUAAUAAUCUAUUUCACUGAA